GCAUCCACGAGCUUUCACACGAAGACUUGGACUAUCCGCUUCGCAAAAUCUCGGAGAUCCUCGGGGAAUGCGAGCAGCGUGCGGUCGAUGCGGUGGGACCACCAAAAAGGCUUGACGGUAAAACCGCGUAUCUGGUGCGCGAGUUUCAACUCAGGUACGGACAGCGCAUGGCACGCGUGCUCGAUAUUGAGGCAGCCUUGUACGACCUCUUUGGACAGAAUUACUCCCUCAACCUGCACGCCUUCGAUGUUUUACACCGCAAGUCCAAAGCCCCGGGGCUUUCGGGAGGCGCUACGGGAGUAGCCGCGGGGGUGACGAGAUCUUUGACCGCAUUCGGCGCAAGCGCGCGCAAAGCGGCGUCGACGUAUGGACCUGCGGGCCUCGGUGCCUUUGCGAGUUCGUCAGCGCGUCUAAAGAAGAGCGUGGCUGCGCCGGGUGGUUCUGCAUCCGGAGCUCGCGGGGAG